GAGGCUUUAUCUACAAUGAGGCACUCAACAGAUGAGUCCGUGGUCAAAGAGAGAAUGAGAGCAACUUUCCAGUAUAGGCAGAAGCUGGUUUAUGAUAAGGAUGCAUCAGUUUCGGUCCUGGAUGACUUUCCUCGUUUCCUUGACAUUCCUGGAUUGAUUGACCAGGACUUCUCCAUGGUGUCUGGAGAUGAGGUGUUCAGUAGGUUUCUGGCAAAGUGGCCUACUUUUUUCAAGCCCAGAGUCAUCCGUGACUGCAGGACCCUCACCCCGAAUCAGUAUGUUGAGGAACUGCUGUCAGCAAUUGAACCCCAACCUGAGGAUAUCUAUGGAUGGGACAGUGAUAUGUCAGCAAUUCUCCUGCUUCUGCAUCUACUUCCCCCAACCUCAAGAGGCCAAAAACCCCCAGCAAAGAUCAGUUCAGCCCAGGCAGCCAACCAUCUUGUGCGGUACCUUCCAAAUAUUCAGAAUCUUCCAAUUGACAUUCAAACCAGCAAACUUUCUGACUGGCUGGUGGACAGAAGACACUGCUCUCUAAAAUGGCAGAGCGCAGUGAUGGCCAUAAGGGAGAAGAUUAACGCUGCUCUCCAAGACAUGCCGGAGAAUGAGGAGAUUAAACAGCUACUAAAGGGCUCAUAUAUACACUAUUUCCAUUGUUUGAGGAUAGUAGAAAUACUAAAAGGAACAGAAGCCUCAUCCAGAAAUAUAUUUGGCAGAUAUUCAUCACAAAGGAUGAAGGACUGGCAAGAAAUAGUGUCCUUGUAUGAGAAUGACAACGCGUAUUUGGCCGAGCUGGCCAGUCUGCUAUGCCGCAACGUAAGUUAUGAGGGACCAGCUCUGAGGAAGCAGGUGACUAAAGCCCAGCAGCUGCAGCAGGAACUAAACAGGCGAGAGCUGGAGUGCCAGAGCGGAGCUGCAGACAUGAGGGAGCGCUAUUAUGCAGCAUCUAAGCAGUAUGGCAUUGCGGGGGUAAAUGUGGCAAGAGAGUUGCAGGCUCUGGUGAAGGAUUUACCCACUGUCCUGGAGGAGAUGGGUAAAAAGGUUGCCUGUCUGGGGGACCCAAUUGAGCUCUACGCAGCUUUCACUAAAUUUGUCUGUGAGUGGUCUGAGCCAGUUCUGCCUGUACUGUCAUAUGUACAGCAAAAAGGAAACACAACAAUGUAUGAAUGGAGGACAGGAAAUGCCCCAACAGUUGUAGAAAGACCUGUAGUAGAGGAAGCACCAGCUGACAGUGUUGCGGAGGAAGCAAUUGAUUGGGGUGACUUAAGUGGUGGUGCUGAAGGGAAUAUUGGAACCACAGUUGAGGAAGGUGUGGACUGGGGCAUCACUCUCGAGUCUGGCAAAGAGGCAACAAGCGAUGGUGGCGCUGACUGGGGAGAUACUGAAACUGCCGCAGUGGAAAUCGAAGUUGUUGCUGCAGGUACUGAGUGUCCUGAAGGUGUUGCCAGAGGAGAAGAUGCCCUCUCUCUGCUGGAGAACCCAAAGACACGCAGUCAGUUUAUUGAUGAACUGAUGGAGUUGGAGGUGUUCCUGUGCCAGAGACUGAGUGAGAUGCGUGAAGAAGUUGAUAUGGUGUCCAUGAGCCAGUUUCAGUUGGCUCCUUCAAUCAUCCAGGCCCAAACGCCAGAGCGUGUACAGACCAUGCUGAGGGAUGUGCGCCACCUCCUGGAGAAACUGACUUCACUACGCAUGCAGCAUCUGUUCAUGAUUCAAGCGUCACCACGCUAUGUAGAGCGAGUAUCUGACAUGCUGAGACAGAAGCUGAAGCAAGCUGAUAUUUUGCUGUUAAAGCGAACCUCUCUGGCAGAGCGGAGGCAGGAGGCUCUGGAAGAGCAGGCGAAGCUGGAGCCUCGCAUUGAUGUGUUGACAAGCCAAACUAAGGAGCUACAAAAACUGAUUGAAGCUGACAUCUCAAAACGGUACAACAAACGGCCAGUCAACCUUAUGGGGGUUCAUGUGUGACCUGCUCAAUCCACAAAUACAUUUCAUAAAUAAAGAUUUCAUUUCAUAUUUAAUAA